UCAUGUCGUGACGUCAAUUGCUUAUCCGACCAACUAGUUUCGAUUCCGAUAGUUUUUCGUAAUGUAAUAAUAAAUAAUAAAGUAACAGAAAAUCAUUGACAUAAAAUUCAUUGAACAUUUCACUUGUGUUCUGAUAUAAAACCGAAGGGAACUCGUAAUUAUUGUAUAGCAGUUCCACCAGUCCAACCCGGUAGGCGAAUUGUCUGCGUAAACAAAAUUACUUGACUCGUGGCAUUUAAUUCCCUCAGGCUCCAGGGUUAGGAUGUCAAGGAAGCAAAGACCCACUUGCUCAUCGGUGUGAUUGAGGCGUAUUAUAUCUGACGUAAACAAUUGAACAAGAUGCGCAUCGCCAAUCUGAGCGUGCUAUUGUCGGCUGUGUUGGGACCACUGUUCUGCUUGCUGGGCCGUGCUUCCGCCAACUCCUCCUCCUCCUCCUCUUCGCCUUCUUCAGGUGAUACUGAUCAGAUCCCCUACUGGAGUGAAGAAUGGGGCCAGCAGCCCCAAGAUUUGACAGAUUUCACCACUUUUCUGUGGUAUGGAUUUUCCUCGAACAAAAUAAAUUUCACACAAGCAGAUUUUCAAAGUUUAGUCGACUGCACGACCGGGAAAAAAGAAUGUGGCCCAAUAGAUAAGAAAUUGCCAGUAUCAAUAUUAACUGACUGCGAUAAAAAUAAGGCUUUGUCACAAGCGCAGUGCAGCGCCAUCGAGUUGUGUACAAGUGGCAAUAAUUUGCCAAGCGUCUUAGGAUUAAGUGAAAAUUUAAGUGUGGAAGACUUGCAGACCCUCCUCCCAGUAUAUUUAUAUCAGUCACAAAGAAGCAAAAGUUGUGAAGAGGAAGAGGGGAGUGCAGCAAGGAAGAAGCCAACACAAGCUGAAGUGUGGGGUUAUGGAUUACUGUGUGUGACAGUCAUCUCAGGAUGUUCGCUGCUUGGAGUGUCUGUCAUGCCAAUGAUGGCUCAUAAUUUUUACCAGAAGUGUCUGACUAUUCUGGUGGGAUUGGCAGCAGGUUCUCUGGCUGCAUCGUCUCUCUUUCACCUCCUCCCACAGGCUUUUCAGUUGCAGUCAUCUGAUAAGGGAAAUCAUGAUUAUCUUUACAUAUCACUGUUUGUUCUCCUCGGCAUUUGGCUAUUUUUCAUGAUAGAACGAAUCAUUAAAAUCAGCCUAACUCAUCAGUCUACGAAACAAGAAAAAAAGAAAUAUCCUGUGUCGCCAUCAGAUCAAGCAGUUUUGUGUGAAAAUGGACGUGAAUUUCAAAUCCCAGAACAAAAGCCUCCUCCUCUUGCUAAUACAAAACAAGACUCAUUUCAAGGUGGAGAAUUGGUGACCCCAACCUCAAAUGGGUGUGGACAACAAGAUAUUCAACUCAUAUAUGCCUCUCAAGAACAAGCAAUAAAAGCUUCUUUUGGUCAUAGUGAGCGACCACAGAAGAACCAUUCGCACUCUCACAACAUAGAAUUCCGGCAAGGUCAAGAUUCUGUUAUUAAAACAGUUGCUUGGAUGAUCAUUUUUGGAGAUGGAUUCCACAAUUUUAUUGAUGGUGUUUCAAUAGGAGCAGCAUUUUCAGAGUGCAUUCUUACUGGCAUCUCGAUUAGUCUUGCUGUGAUGUGUGAAGAAUUACCACAUGAACUAGGUGACUUUGCUGUGUUGUUGAAUGCUGGUAUGACUGUCAAACAGGCAGUGGCAUACAACUUUUUAUCGUCUACAACUUGCUAUAUUGGAUUUGCUCUUGGGGUUUUCCUCGGUGAGUUUCUACAGAAUACGUCUGGUAUUUUUGCUCUGGCCGGUGGGAUGUUCCUUUAUAUUGCCCUUGUAGAUAUGGUACCUGAAAUGAAUGAGGUCGCUAGCAAAGCUGCUGAAGAUGGUACAGUGAAGUCUGCCCUGUACGUCCUUCUACUGCAGAACGUUGGAAUAUUCUUAGGAAUCAUGGUGCUCUUUGUCUUAGCCUUUUUCCAGGAUGAAAUGAUCAUCAUGUAGAGUAUUUAUUAAUUUUUCAUGGGUGAAUGUUGAAUCACUGGCCUUUAUACUCUCAUAAAGCAUUUUCAAGGCAGUGCCUAUUAAAUAAUAGAUGAAACAGUAAAUAGAUAUUUACUCUGUUAGAGCAUUGUUGUUAUUCCAUUGUACUAUUUAUUCAGUUUUAUUAUUAUAGCUUUUACAAAAAAGUGCCCAAUGGAACUGGUUAGUUGCUUAGUUUUAUGACAAAUGAUACUGAUAUAGUACUGCAAAAGACUUAAUACUGUAGCUGAACAACAGUUCCAGUAUGUACAGUGCCCACUUUGGUGGGAAUUUUAGUUUUCUGUUAAGUUGUAUAUAUUUUACAUACACUUUUGUAGUUUCACAUUAAAUUGACAUCGAUAAUCUCUUGUUAAUUGAACGCUGUACCUUAUCACUCUUUUGAUCAGAAGAACCCAAAAAUUCUCUGCACUCAGGGAUUAUUUGUACUAAUACAACUUGGAACAUAAAUGUACGAUGGCUUUCCAUUCCACUUGUAGAGUAAUUGAAUUGAAAACUGAAUCCGGUGUACAGAAUAGUAUUUUAAAACUUUAAUGUUAAAGACGACCCAUAAGACUUAUCUGUGAUUCUUUUUAUCACGUCAAUAGAAACCUAUGUAUUCAGUGAAUACAAGAAAGUCAUAGUUACUGUAUUAUAGUUGAUAUGUUAAAAUUCUUUUGUUAGGGAUUUUAAUGUGUCCACAUAUAGUAGUUAUGUAUAAAUAUUUUUUGUGAAAAAAAUAAUAAAACAGAUUUUGCAUAAUUGCACAA